AUGAAUUAUGUAGAAAAUAAUUAUAAAAUAAAAAUAGAUUAUUUAAAUAUCUUAUAUGAAGUUGUUUCCCAUUCUACAAUCUGUUUAAUGACACAUGAAAGACAACAAACAUUAUGCUUGAUUCAGAUGUUCUUACGCGAUGUUACUGAGCAAGAAAAACAAAAUAAACAAUCUGUUGUACAUUUGCAAGAAUUCUCGUCAAAAGAUUGGGCAUUAGAUAAAGUAUUUUACGGGACUAAUUACUUUCCUAAACAAUUAUAUUCAAUAAAUGAUCAACAUGAAUUAUAUGAAUUAUACAAUCCUCAAUGUCAAUUUGAAUUCAUGAAUAAUUCAAAAGAUAUAACUGAUCAACAAAAUUCUACAAUUUCUAACUCAUUUCAAUCAAAUAUUGAUUUGAAACAUGUAAACAAAGUGGAAAACACUUCGAAUGUUGAAGAUGAAAAUAAUGAUAAUAAUGAUGCACAAAGUCACAACAACAACAACAAUGACACCGAUGACAAUUACAAUGAUCAUAAACAAUUUACAAAUGAAUCACAAACUGAUGUAAACUAUAAUAAUAACAAUAAUUACAUUGAGAAAUCUAUGGAAAGUAAUCAUCACUUACAAAAGACUGUUGACAAUUCAAUUUAUAUAAAAAAAACAAUGAAUGAUAAUGAAAAUAUACAGAACGUUUCACAAAUUCACAAUAAAAUGACAUAUUCAAAUCAGAAACUAUUAUGUAUGAAUAAUUGUGCAUUAUGUAAUCAUCAUAUUCAUUCUCAACUCUGUCAUAAUCAUUAUCAUCAUCAUCAACAUGAUAAUAAUAAUUAUUAUUAUUAUCAUAAUCCACACUGUUAUCAUAAUCAUCAUUAUCAUUCUUGUCAAUUUACUAAUGAAUUAUAUUAUAUACCACAAAUUGUCACCUAUUUUCCUGCUAAUGAAUAUCUAUUUCCAUUAUCUACAAAUAAGAAUCAAGCAUUUUAUUCAAUGCCACAUAGUACUAUUCCAGAUCAUAAUAAUGGUACUACUUGUAAUACUACUAUUAAUACUACUACUAAUUCUACCAUUACAAAUAACGGUAAUCAUCCAACAAUAAAUAUUCUAUCCAAUAAACUUCCACAUUAUCAUGCAAAAAUACUUCUACCACAAGAUAAUAGUGUAGAAGCAACAAAUAAUGGCAAUAUACGAUAUUAUGUCGGUGUACCAUGCUCUUAUCCAUCGAAUAUAAUCUGUUCGAAAUAUUCUUCAAAUAAUAUUAAUAAUAAUGUUAGUAAUAAUAAUAAUAAUAAUAAUACUGUACAAACAAGAGAUGAUAUAUUAACUUAUUGUGGUGAACCAUUUAUUUAUUAUACACCAGAUCAAAAUUAUUAUAUUUAUUCCACACCAACAUCAACUAUUACUUCAUCUAUACAAGAAAAUAUUCCUAUAUUGUAA